CCUAAAAAAUGAAUGCAAAUCCCAUUUCAGAUUCAGACAUGGCCCUUCUUCAGUCCAUACAAAAUUAUCUUUUAAAUGAUUCUGAUGAUUUCCCUGUUGACGGCUAUAAAGAAAUAAGUUCAUGCGAUGCAGAAAUUUACAGCCAAAACUCAAGCUUUAACAGUUCAUUUUUUGCAGAAAGCCCUGGAAUACUAAUAUUUGAUGAUAGAUUAUCAUGCUGUGAUGAUACUGUGUCAGAAGAGUCGGAAUCUGUGCGUGGAAUCAAAGUGCCAUCAGAGUGGAAGCGGUACAUAGGCGUGAGGCGGCGGCCGUGGGGGAAGUUUGCGGCAGAAAUAAGGAAUCCCUCCAAGAAAGGCUCAAGAAUUUGGCUGGGCACAUAUGAGACGUCAGAGGAUGCAGCAUUGGCUUAUGAUCGGGCGGCUUUCAAGUUGCGUGGCGCAAAAGCUCGGCUUAAUUUUCCACAUCUUAUUGGCUCCAAUGUAUCGAAGCCGGUUAAGGUGACAGAAAAACGUAAGCAAUCUUCGGAGGUUAUGUUAUCGUUUUCAUUGCCGGAAAAUGUUGGAACAAAGAAGAUGAAAAUUGAGGUCGCUUCCUAAUAUGUGUUCUCAAACAAUAUGGAGUGUCAUUAAAAAAAAAAAGAAAAAAAAGAAAAGAAAAGGGUAAUAAUAGACAAGCAAGAUUUUAUCCCAUACAUAGAAUAUUUUGUAUUUCCCACUUUAUGGUAAAGUUUCAAUAAUCGAAAUAGGAACAGUUAGCCAAUCUUUUUGUGCACCCCAUAAUA